AUGGAUGGGGGCAUAGAUGGAAAAGGAUUGAGAGGAGCUAAAAGUGAGAGCAGUGGGACCAAGCGCGAGAAUACGAGUGGAGAGCACACGAAUGGCAAUGAAUUCAAGCCGAAAAGAACAAUGGGAGUGGAAAGAAGAGGAGUGGAGGAUGAUUUGGAUAAGGUAACGAGGAGUGCAAGCAGAGAAGGGAGGUUGCUGGGGGUUAUGGCAGGAGUGGAAUCGAUGAUGCCUGAGAAGAGUAUGUGUAAGGAGCACAGAAUAAAAGAAGUGACUGAAGAAGGGAUUGAGUCUUUACUACUGAGUGAUGUGAUGGGAGUGAUUGGUGUAGAGGCACCGGUGAGCGAAGUAGGCAGAAUAAUAUGGUUUUUUGAGUGUGGAGAAGGAGGAGCGAGUGGGUUUGUAAGGAUUGAAGGAAUGCGAAAGAAGCAGGGAUUGAAGGCGAAGGGGGAGAGGAGGGGGAGAAGUAAGGGAAAAAAAGAGGAGUGUGUUUCUGAGGGGAGAAGGAGGGAUGAAGAGUGUGCAGGGCAUAAGGAUCAAGAAGGGGCUUGCAGCGAUGCGAAUGACAGCAGGUACAGGUAUUUUUUGCACCGAGUGUUUCCGAUGCAUCAGAAGGACGAUGAGCAGGCGAUGAAGUAUGCUGUGGAUCAGAGAACGAUGCUGAUGAAGAGAGCAAAGGUAAAUGCUGCGGAGAUUCCUGAAGUAAGGAAAGCGGAAAGGAUGAAUGGUAAGAAGGAUAGGCAUAUGGGGAUGAAAGUGAUUGAUAGGAUUCCAGCGAUAUGCAGGGUGGCAUGGAGGGACGGGGAAGAAAAGGCGGUUGAGAAGGCGGUUUUGAGAUACAGAAGUGACUUUAAGAAGAUACAUGAGAAUGUGCCUGGAAUAGACAUUGGGAGAUGUGUUCUGAAGUAUUAUUUGAUGAAGAACAAGACGCAUGCGUAUAUGAAGCACAAGCCUGGAAGGAUGUCUGACCAUGAGAUUAAGCUGGUUGUGGAAGAUGAAUGGACUGAGUAUGAGAGGGAGUUGUUUGCAGAGCACAUCAAGGUGUAUGGAAGGAACUGGGGAAGGUAUCAGGAGGUGAUUAACAAGAGCGAGAAGGAUCUGAAGAUGUUUUUCCGAUACUACAUGAAGUUUGUGAUGGCUGAUAAGAAGGAAGAGAUGGAUAAGGCAGUGGUGAAGGCCAAGAAGCCUGCCGAGAAGAACGGGAUGAUGAAGAGGUGGAGCAUUGAUGAGAGGCAGCUUUUUGCAAUAUACUUUCCGUACUACAGCAGAAACUGGAUAUUGAUGGCGACGUAUUUUCCUCAGAAGACGCCUGGGGAUCUUAAGCAGUACUACAGCAGGUAUUUUAAAGGAUUGAGCUACAAUGAGCAGAGGCUGGAGGCAAGCUUGUAUGAUUUUGGAAGGCAGAUGACGACGCCGCCAGCGAUGCUUUGCAGAAGAAGAGCAACGGAGGAGGAGUUUUGCGACAGUGCAGGGAUUCUGUUUAGAAGAUGA